AUGGUCGAAUACAUCAGGAAGAGCAAGGAAUCCACGUUACCACACACUCUCCACUUGGAGGUCGGCCUGUCGACGUGGUUGUCCCCCAACAAGCACGUUACGGGACCGCUGGAAGAUCCGACUGUCAAAGCUCUUGCUGAUAAGCACGGAACCACCCCGGCCGCGGUACUCUUGAAAUGGGCUGUGCAGCGUGGUACCAGCGUGGUGCCCAAGUCAUUCGAUGCUGAACGCAUCCGGGAGAAUUUGGAGGCCGUGGCUCGACCUGAUCUGUCAGAGGCCGAUAUGGAGGCUCUGAACAAUCCUAGGGGACCCGGAAGGCAUGUCCGCUUCAAUGAUCCGAAAACAUACUAUGGGUUCGAUAUAGAUGAUGAGGAGAAUGGCCAACCGGUACAGACUGGCUCUAGGACAUGA